CAUCUCCAAGGAGAUAGCAUUCCCUGAGCUUAGAUCAGGAAAAAAAUAGGGAGAAAGCUUCAAUGGAGAAGAAUAAUGGCAGACGAGUGAUUCUGUUUCCACUUCCACUACAAGGCUGCAUCAACCCCAUGAUUCAGCUUGCCAAGAUCCUACACUCAAGAGGUUUUUCCAUCACUGUUAUCCACACUCGCUUCAACGCUCCAAAACCUACAAGCCACCCUCUCUUCAGCUUCCUAGAGAUAAAAGACGGCUUGUCUGAAACAGAGACAAGAACUGAUGAUAACACGUGGCUCUUCACUCUUCUCAACCGAAGAUGCGAGACUCCGUUUCGUGACUGUUUGACUAACCUUUUGGGAUCUUCUUCAGAUUCAGAAACAGAGAGGAUUAGCUGUUUGAUCCAUGACUCUGGAUGGACCUUCUUCACACGAUCCGUAGCAAAGAGUUUGAAACUCCCGAGAUUGGUUCUCAAUACGUACACAGUCUCCUUCUUUCUCAACCAUUUUGCUCUUCCUAAGCUCCGCCGUGAAGUGUCUCUUCUGUCUCAAGAUUCAGAACAAGAUGAUCUAGUUCAGGACUUUCCCCCACUUAGGAAGAAGGAUCUUUUACGGAUUCUUAAAGAGAAAAGGGAGUACUUAGAACCCUACUUGAAUAUGAUUUUGGAAACGACAAAGUCGUCUUCAGGCAUUAUAAUCAUGUCCUGCGAAGAGUUGGAGCAAGACUCACUAUGCAAGGCACGUGACGCUUUCAAAGUACCAAUAUUUGCGAUAGGUCCAUCUUAUAGCAACUUUCCAGCUUCGUCUAGUAGCUUGUUCACACAGGACGAGACUUGCAUUCCAUGGUUAGACAAACAAGAAGACAGAUCCGUAAUUUACGUGAGUUUCGGUAGCCUCAUUUCCAUGACCGGACCAGAGUUAACUGAGAUUGCUUGUGGUCUAAGAAACAGCGGCCAACCAUUCUUGUUGGUUGUUCGGGUUGGUUUGGUCAAAGGCACAGAAUGGAUCGAGGCCAUACCGGAAGAACUCAUGGCAAAGGUUAACGAGAAGGGAAAGAUAGUGAAAUGGGCACCGCAACAAGAGGUUCUAAAGCAUCAAGCCAUAGGAGGAUUCUUGACACACAGUGGCUGGAACUCGACGGUUGAGAGUGUUCGUGAAGGCGUCCCUAUGAUCUGUUUGCCUUGUAUAUGGGACCAAUUCGUAGAUGCAAGACUUGUUAGUGACGUAUGGAGGGUAGGGCUGCAUCUAGAGCAUCGGAUUGACAGAAAUGAGAUCGAGAGUUUGAUAAGGAGUUUGUUUUCUGGAAAUGAAGGAGAAGCGAUCCGAGAGAGGAUGAGACUUCUCAAGGAGAAAGUUGGAAGAUCGGUUAAAGAAAACGGUUCGGCAUAUCGAUCUUUAGAGAGUUUGAUUGAUCAUAUUUCAUCUUUCUAGCUAUAUGUGUUGUUAUGUCUUUGUGUUUUCAAUUAUGUAUCUUGUUUUUUUUUGUCGGCAAAAAUUAAUUAUGUAUCUUGUUAUCAAGUUGUUUUUAAAUUGAGGAAACUCUUCCUUUGUGUUUA